AUCUAGUCAACAUUGCCUAUUCCCCUUUUACCAACUGAAGUACCCUUCUUCAUCCCAAGCCAUCCCUCUCAUUCCUUUUUUCAUUUCCUCCCUCUUUCUUCUUCUUGUGCCAGAGACGACUUCUUGUCUUGCUGCCUUGUUUCUUCAGUCUUUCUCUUUACCCUAUCCCUUGCGAAACCAAGCCACCUUGAACCAAAGUCCAAGGAGCUGAACCUUUUUUCGCCUUUUUUCUCUUCUUUGAGACCUUGUCUCUCCUAGGCCCCGCCAAAUUGCAUAUCAAGCACCCCUCGCCUUUUCCGAUUCUAUUCCAUUACAGGACUCGGCUGUCCGUCCGCUCGUUUGCGCGUCCCCCCUAAAAUCUGUCUUCAAGGGGUCUCUUAUCUACAACCACGACUUUUCUCGCCGACAGCCUCAACCAUCUUCAAUCGCAUCCUUUACAUCACCAACAACCAAAUUAAUCAUAAUGUCGGCUGACGAAAAGAUCCGCGUCUCGGGCGAAACGCCUCGUGCGACCACUCCUGUUCUUCCAACGGUUAACCCCGGUCUCGAGAAGUCACAGUCUGCUCGCGCUUCAAUUCACCCUACUUUCUAUGUUAUUGCAUGGAUUGGUUUUUCAUCAUCCGUCAUCCUGUUCAACAAAUGGCUCCUUGAUACCCUCAACUUCCGCUACCCCGUCAUUCUAACGACCUACCACUUGACCUUCUCGACAGUCGUCACUCAGAUUAUGGCCCGAUGGACUCCUUACCUUGACGGCCGCAAGACGGUUAAGAUGACAGCUCGCGUUUACAUCCGUGCCGUUGUUCCCAUCGGUAUCUUCUUCAGCUUGAGUUUGAUCUGCGGAAAUUUGACAUAUCUCUACCUUUCUGUUGCUUUCAUUCAGAUGCUCAAGGCUACCACGCCCGUCGCCGUUCUCAUCUCUGGCUGGAUUCUGGGUGUUUCUGCUCCCAACCUCAAGCAGUUCCUCAAUGUCUCCGCCAUUGUUGUCGGUGUCAUCAUUGCUUCCAUGGGCGAAAUCCACUUCGUCACUGUUGGUGUGCUCUUCCAGAUGGGCGGUAUCAUUUUCGAGGCUCUGCGACUUACCAUGGUCCAGCGCCUGCUGAGCUCAGCUGACUACAAGAUGGACCCUCUCGUCUCUCUGUACUAUUUUGCUCCCAUCUGCGCUGUCAUGAACGGUGUGGUUGCUCUCAUUUGGGAGAUCCCCAGGUGCUCGAUGGCUGAGGUUUACCACGUUGGUCUGUUCACUUUCUUCCUGAACGGUCUUUGCGCUUUUAUGCUCAAUGUCUCCGUCGUCUUCCUGAUUGGCAAGACUUCUGCUGUCGUCCUCACGCUCUGCGGUGUUCUCAAGGAUAUUCUCCUGGUCAUUGCUUCUAUGAUGAUCUGGGGCACCCAGGUUACUGGUCUCCAAUUCUUUGGCUACUCCAUUGCUCUUGGUGGCAUGGUCUACUAUAAGCUCGGCUACGAGCAGAUCAAGGGCCACAUUGCUGAUGCCAACCGACAGUGGGCUGAGUUUGGUGCUCGCAAGCCCAUUCUCCGCAAGGUCACCAUUAUCAUCGCCACCGCUUUCCUCAUCUUCACCUUCUUUGGUGGCCUUGCUCCUGGUUACUCCUCAGAGGUUGAUCCCACUAGACUGGCCAAUGAGGUGUCCAACCGUUUCGGCAUCAACGAUGCCCAGCACGUCUAGAGCUCUGUAUUAUAUGGUGCCAAUGGGAAACAAGACCCUGACGUUUACUUCACGGGGCG